UUUUUUUUCUUUUCCUUUCUUCGCUUUCUUGACUGGUUCAAUUUAGACAUUCGCUGACGUCCUUGUCGAUUUCCACAUACACAUUCUUUGCCCUUCCGGCACAAUGCGUUCUAACAACCUUGUGGCGCUCGCCGCUCUGGCGAGCUACGCCGUCGCCCUCCCCACGAAGGAACUGGACCCCCGUACCUUCGGCCUCAUCGCCGAAAUCCUCGGCGACAUUGGUGGUGACUUGACCGGUAUCAUUGAGACCCUCCUCGGCGGUGGCGUGGAGGCUUCGGCAUCCGUUCUCACUGGUAUCAGCGCUCAGGCAGCUGCUGUUCUAGAGGGUAGUGCUUUGGGAUGCACCGCUGGUACCAUCGAGGCCAGCGCCCGCGCGGAAUUGGCUGCCUGGAUCCGUGCCCACGCUUCGUUCGAGGCCUCUCUCAAGACGUCGCUGUUGGCCUGGUGUGAGGGCAGUGCCUCCGCUACCCUGUCGGCCGAUGUCCGUGCUGGCCUGGCUCUAUUCAUCCCCACCUGCGCCGAGGUGGCCGCCAAGGGCGAACUGUACGUCACCAUCGACGGUAUCUUCGCCUCCUCAGAACUCGAAGUCGGUGUUGUCCUCAGCUCCUCCCUCCAGACCUCCCUGUCCGCCUUCCUCUCCGGAUCCGUCGGCCUUGACUUGGAUGCCGAACUUCGCGGCGGUCUCGCUCUUUGCGCCGGUGGUGGUGUUAUCGGCGACCUGGAUGCCGACAUCAAGGCCUCCCUGAAGGUCUGGCUCAACGGCUCCGACUGCUCCCUUAGUGCUUCUCUGCAGGCUUCUGUUCUGGCCUGGUUGGAGGGCACCGUCUCGACCGGUGUCGUUUCUAUCGGCUCUGUGCCUUCUGCCGGCCUCACCACCAUCUCCGUCGGCUCCGCCAUCACUGCCUUGGUCGACACCUCCGGUGUUCUCUCCACCACCGCCCAGGCCUACCUCUCUGCCUUCCUCGAGUCCAGCCUCGCCGUCGACAUUGACGCCGAUGUCAAGGUUGUUCUGGAGGCCUGUAUCGCGGGCAAGCUCGCUACUGCUGUUAGCGCCGACGCCCGCUCUGCCCUGGCUCUGUGGCUUUCCGGCUCCAGCUGCAGCCUCGGUGUCGAAUUGAAGUCCGUUCUCUUCUUCUGGCUUUCUUUCUCCCUCAGCGCCGAUGUCACCGUCGACCUGUCCACCGACAUCAUCACCGAGCUCGAGACCUUCAUCACCGGCACCAUCGACACCGUCCUCGGUAUCAACAUCAGUGGUGUUCUCUCUCUCCUGCUCUCCGGAGAGAGCCUGGCUUUCCUCUCCAUCGACACUCGCGCCGAGUUGGCCGCCGUCAUUGGUGGCGCCGCUAAUAUCGACAUCAGCACCACCAUUGAGCUGAUCAUCAUCGAGUGGCUCACCGGCUGCAGCGUCUCUGGCGCUCCCGGCCUCACUACCGUCACCGGCUCUGGCUCUGGAUCCGCCUCCGCCUCGGGCUCGGCUUCCGCCUCGGGCUCUGCUUCUGCCUCCCUCGGUGGCUCUGGCUCUGCCUCCGCCUCCGGCUCUGCUUCCCUCGGCGGCUCUGGCUCUGCCUCCCUCGGUGGCUCCGGCUCCGGCUCCAUUGGUGGCUCUGGCUCUGCUUCCGCUUCUGGCUCUGCCGUGCCCUCUGGCGCUGCUGCCAUCGGUACCGGUGGCUCUGGCUCCGCCUCCGGAUCUGCUUCUCCCUCCGGCUCCGCCUCUGUUGGCGGCUCUGGCUCCGUUGGUGGCUCUGGCUCCGUUGGCGGCUCUGGAUCUGUCGGCGGCUCUGGAUCUGUCGGCGGCUCUGGCUCUGCUUCCGCCUCUGGCUCUGCCGUGCCCUCUGGCGCUGCUGCCAUCGGUACCGGUGGCUCUGGCUCCGCCUCCGGAUCUGCUUCUCCCUCCGGCUCCGCCUCCGUUGGUGGCUCUGGCUCCGUUGGCGGUUCUGGCUCCGUUGGCGGCUCUGGCUCCGUUGGUGGCUCUGGCUCCAUCGGUGGCUCUGGCUCUGUUGGCGGCUCUGGCUCCGUUGGUGGCUCUGGCUCCGUUGGCGGCUCUGGCUCCGUUGGCGGCUCUGGAUCUGUCGGCGGCUCUGGAUCUGUCGGCGGCUCUGGCUCCGUUGGUGGCUCUGGCUCUGCCUCCGCCUCUGGAUCUGCUUCUCCCUCUGGCUCCGCCUCUGUUGGCGGCUCUGGCUCCGUUGGUGGCUCUGGCUCCGUUGGUGGCUCUGGCUCCAUCGGUGGCUCUGGCUCUGUUGGCGGCUCUGGCUCCGUCGGUGGCUCUGGCUCCAUCGGUGGCUCCGGCUCUGUUGGCGGCUCUGGCUCUGGCUCUGGCUCCGGCUCCGGCUCCAUCGGCGGCUCUGGCUCUGGUUCUGGCUCUGGCUCCUUCCCCAGCGGUACUGUCCCCGUCGGCGGUUCCAGCCCUAGCAGCCCUGCCAAGUCCGGCUCUCCCAACGGCCCCAAGCCCUCUGGCGGCUUCCCCGGAUCUGGCAACGGCUCCAAGCCCUCUGGUUUCCCUGGAUCUGGCAACGGUUCCAAGCCCUCUGGUUUCCCUGGAUCCGGCAACGGCUCCAAGCCCUCUGGCGGCGUUCCUGGAUCUGGCAACGGCCCUCGUCCUUCUGGUGUCAUUCCCUCGUCUCCUGCUCAGUCCGGCUACCCUGGCGCUCCCAGCGGCACUGUCGUCCCUACUGCCUCCAUUCCCGAAGGUGCUAGCGCCGGAGCUUCGACCACCCCCUGCGAGACCAUCACCCGCGAGACUGUUGUGCCCUACACCAUCACCGUGGCUGGCUCCCCGUCUGUUGGCUACUCUACCUCGACUAUCACUGAGACCAUCACCCUCGGCUCCGGCUCCGGCUCCGGCUCUGGCGUUGUCCCCACUGCUUCUGUCCCUGAAGGCGCCAGCGCAGUGACCACCACCCCCUGCGAGACCAUCACCCGUGAGACUGUCAUUCCUUACACUAUCACCAAGGCCGGUUCCGAAUCCGUCAGCUACUCCACCUCCACCAUCACUGAGACCAUCCCUCUUGAGUCCGGCUCUCCCAGCGGUGUUGUUGUCCCCGGCGGUGCUGCCACAACUGAGACCAUCACUCGUGAGACUGUCGUUCCCUUCACUGUCACCAAGUCUGGCUCCGAGUCCAUUGGCUAUUCUACUGUCACUGUUACUGAGACUAUCGGCUCUGGAUCUGGCUCUGGUUUCCCCAGUGGUGGUGUUGUCCCCUCCGGUGCUGCCGCUGCUGCUACUACCCCUUGCGAGACCAUCACCCGUGAGACUGUCGUUCCCUACACCAUCACCAAGGCCGGUUCUGAGUCCACUGGUUACUCGACCAUCACCGUCACCGAGACCAUCCCCGCCGGUUCCCUAGCGGUGCUGUUGUUCCCUCUGGUGCUGCCGCCGCUGCCACCACCCCUUGCGAGACCAUCACCCGCGAGACUGUUGUUCCCUACACCAUCACCUUGGCUGGCUCCCAGUCUGUUGGCUACUCUACCUCGACCCUCGUCGAGACCAUCACUCUCUCUGCCCCCGCUGGCUCUGCCCCUACUGGCUCCAGCCCCGCUGGCGGUUCCAGCCCUGCUCAGUCCGGCUCCCCCUCCGGCGGCUCCCCUGGAUCCGGCAGCGGCUCCAAGCCCUCUGGCGGUGUGAUCCCUGGAUCUGGCAGCGGCUCCAGCCCCUCCGGUGUUCCCUCGUCUCCCGCUGGCUCCGCCGCUCCUGGAUCUCCCUCCGGCGGUGUUGUCCCCGGCUCCGGCAGCGGUGCUAGCCCCUCUGGCGGCGUCGUCCCCGGCUCUGGCAGCGGUGCCAGCCCCUCCGGCGCUGCCGCUGUUGCUACCACCACUCCCUGCGAGACCAUCACCCGCGAGACUGUCGUCCCCUACACCAUCACCUUGGCUGGUUCCCAGUCUGUUGGCUACUCUACCUCGACCCUCGUCGAGACCAU